AUGGAGAAUUUCUCAUUUUUUCAAGAUGGUGCCUAUGAGCCUGCAAUUCCUUUCUUUCAGAGUUUUUUCAACUCAACUAAUGCAUCCAAUUUUCCUGAAAGACAACCAAGAGAUGAACAAUUAGCUCAAGUAGAAAUUGCUGUCCUGGGAAUAAUAUUUAUGGCGGCAUCUGUAGGUAACUUUAUUCUCAUACUGGUGUUAUGGAGGAGGAGAAUGAAGCUGUCUAGGAUAUAUGUGUUUCUGCUUCACCUGGGCAUUGCAGACCAGAUGGUUGCAUUCUUUCAAGUGCUUCCUCAACUCUUUUGGAAAAUUACAGAUGUUUUCAUGGGUCCAGACAUCUUGUGCAGAGCCAUCAGUUAUCUCCAGUUACUGAGCAUGUUUGCUUCCACUUAUAUGAUAGUUGUUAUGGCAAUGGACAGAUUCCAAGCCGUAUGCUCCCCCAUGGCAUCUUUUCAAAGGAAAGGCGCUCUUUGGAAUGCUUCUGUCUGCACCAGCUGGUUUAUCUCUAUAGUCUUUAGCGUUCCUCAAGUAUUUAUAUUUCAGAAGAAUGAAAUAUCUCCAGGUGUAUUUGACUGCCAAGCUGACUUUAUCAAACCCUGGGGUACAAAGGUUUAUGUGACUUGGAUUUCUGUAGCUAUUUUCUUCCUUCCUGCAGUUAUCCUCAUCAUAUGCCAUGUCUGGAUUUGCAGAGCAAUCUACAUGCAUAUGCAUUUGAAAAGCUACAAUGAUUUUGAAGUAACAAAUCAAAAGCAAAUGCUGCCAUCUCAAAUAAGCAAUACAAAAUGUAUGUCAAAGGCUGUGAUCAAAACAAUAAAGAUGACAGUUGUGAUAGUUGUUGCUUAUGUACUUUGCUGGUCACCUUUCUUCAUUGCACAGUUGUGGACUGCAUGGCAUCCAAGUGAUGCUAGGACUGAAGGUCCAGUAAUAGCUAUUCUUAUGCUCCUAGGGAAUCUUAAUAGUUGUGUAAAUCCAUGGAUUUAUAUGUACUUUUGUGGUCAAAUUCCGCAUUGUUCAAAAAACAAAUUGGACAACACUGCAGCUCAUGAAGAGUCUACAAUGACCGACAGUGUUAACAUGGGAGAUAAAGAAGCUGAAGACAAUAUCACAGCUGUGUAA